AUUGAUCUCACCUAUAGAGGACUCUUGGAGGAACAUUAUUUUUGACAAUCAGUUUACAAGCUAUCCACUUGUACAAAGUCUACUAAACGACCAUAAACUGACAGGUUGUUGAGACAAUGAAAAAAAUCAAAAGAGAAAUUCCAACACACUUCAAAGAGGCAAAAGGUCAGCAGAAAAAUUAAGUCUUUUUGGAUUCCAAAAGGAUAUAACUUUGGUGUCUUAUGUUCCUAAAAAAAUGGAAUAGUAGUGAUGCUGCUCUCAAGCAUGCAUUAUGAUGCAAAAAUUGAUGAGAUCACAGGUGAUGAAAGAAAACCAAAAAUUAUUUUUCUUUACAAUAUCACCAAAGGUGGUGUAGAUACUGUUGGUCAGUUAUGUGCUACAUAUAGCAUAGCCAGAAACAGCAGGCACUGGCUUUUGACUUUGUUUUCUGCAUUGAUGAAUAUAGCAGGAAUAAAUGCUCAAGAAGUUUAUGAAAAUAAUACAGCAACUGGAAUGAUCCGAAGGGCCUUCAUCAAAGCAAUGGGCCUGAAGCUUAUUGAACCUUAUAAUUUGCAAAAACAAGGCAACAAGCAUCUCACAACUGAGCUGAAACUAAGAUUGAAACGUUUAACAAAACAAAGCAGAGAUGACCAACCUCCUGCCAAAUUAUCACAAAAGCAACGUUUCCAAGAAAAAAGACAGAAAAAACAGAUUUCAGUGCAACAAGUGUCAAAAGUAUCUACAGGAGGCCCUCAACUUUAGCAUAAUUCGCUAUUUGGCACAUUUUUAAAAUUCAACUUUUUAACCUAUCCUACAUUGUUCCCGAAAAUAUUCGUGCUGACCUCAUUGACCUGCGUGGGCGAUCCCGAAUAUUUUCGUGUUUAUAUUGGAACGUUUUUGAUACUAGAUGUCGCUAUGCGUCACAAUUUUUAUAUUAAAACAAACUUUUAAAAUAUAA